CCGGGUUCUGAGUUCAGAUGAGCGUAUCAAGAAAAGAGGUCCCCUUAAAGCUUAGGGCUUUAAGUGGGGUCUUUUCAUUGUCUUUUUCUUUUUUUUUUCCCCCUCAACCAUAAUUUCGCUUGGUAUAUAUAUAUAUUAUAAUUCUGGAUUUAAAUAUUCCUGCUUCUUCAAUUCGUUAUAUUCUUCUGCCUGGAUAAGCUUCCGCUAGUUUUUUUCUCCGCCUCAACAAAGCCCUAAUCGCCAAUACCAGGCGGCCAGGGGUUUCUGUUUAUCUAUGUAUACCUUUUGCAUUGUAUAAACUGUGAACUGGGAUAUUAGAAGUUCUAUGCAGUGAAUGAGAAUUUGGCCUACAUCUGGAGUGAAUUUUGAAGUUUAUUUAUGCAAACUCGUGUUCAGUUAAGGGGAUAAAAUGCCAUCGGGGCUGCUGCAGAACCUGAACUCUGCCUUGUAUUCCGGGUUCCAAAGAGGCUCUAAGGCGAGAUCGGUUCAAUCCCUUAAUUUUAUAGAAUCUGUAGUAGUCAAAAGGAGCCAAAAGGUUGGGUUUGGUUAUCAUAACAGCAGAAGUAAGGCUCAUAUUAGCAAGAAUUCUACUCAAGCAUUUGGAGUAUUUGGUCGAGCAAUGGCUGCUUCUAGCUCAACGGCCGCCCCAGGAGAUCUUGUUAUGGAUGCCUUGGUUUCAAGUUGCGGAAAUGUUUCAAUUUGUUCAAAACCGUCAAGUGUUUAUUUUAGCAAUGGAGGAGGUCUUGGUCUAAGCAACCGCCAAAGAACUACUAUAAGCUUGAGAAAUGGAGAAGCUAGGAGCUAUAGUUCUUAUUGUGUGCUUAGUAUCUCUAGGAAAUCCAACUGCUCUACUGCCCUAGUCGGAUCAUGGUUUAGAAGUGGUAGCACCCCAGCUUCAUCAUGUUACUCUAGUAAGGCUGUCCCUGAUGUUUCGCACGAUGGAUCAACCGUUGAUGAACUGCUAUCAAGUCUUGCUAUCUCACCUGACCAGAGCACUGCAGCUGAUAGGGCGUUGAAGCUACUUUCUGGAUCUUGCUACCUCCCCCAUCCAGAGAAAGAAAAAACUGGGGGAGAGGAUGCUCAUUUCAUUUGUGGCGAUGAGCAAGUGGUUGGCGUGGCCGAUGGAGUUGGUGGUUGGGCACAGGUUGGAAUUAAUGCUGGAGAUUAUGCACGUGAGCUCAUGUCCAACUCAGUCAAUGCUGUUAGAGAUGAGCCAAGAGAGGCCAUUGAUCCAGCUCGAGUGUUGGAGAAAGCUCACUCAGAAACAAAGGCUAGAGGUUCCUCGACAGCAUGUAUCAUUGCUUUAAAAGACCAGUUUCUUCAUGCAAUAAAUCUUGGUGAUAGUGGAUUUAUUGUGGUUAGAGAUGGUCGCACCAUCUUCGAGUCUCCCGCGCAGCAACAUAGUUUCAAUUUUACUUACCAACUUGAAAGAGGAAAUACCGGUGAUCUUCCAAGUUCUGGUCAGGUUUUCAAAAUUCCAGUUUCGGUUGGAGAUGUCAUUGUUGCUGGAACAGAUGGGCUGUUUGACAACUUGUAUAACCAUGAAAUUUCUUCAGUUGUUGCCAUGGGAACGACAGCAGGUUUCAGCCCUGAGGCAACGGCUAAAAAGAUAACAGCCUUGGCCCGACAUCGAGCCCUGGACAGGAAGCAGCAGACUCCCUUCUCUAAAGCAGCCCAAGAGGCUGGCUUUGCUUAUUAUGGUGGGAAACUUGAUGACAUUACUGUGGUUGUUUCUUAUAUCACCGACUCAAACACUGCAUAGAGUUUUUUUUUUCCGAUCUUUUUCUUACGCUCUUCCCAUACAUUUUUUUCCCAAUUCACUUGUUCAUUUCUCUGUGUUUGUGUUCCCUCAACAGAUUCCUCUGUAAAAAGUGUUCUUUCCCUCUUUUAAAGCUGAUCAUUAGUCUUUUAGCUAGAAAAUGAAAUGGCAUAUUUGCAGAUUUUAAGUUUCCUUUUAUCAGUUUUGAGACGUGAGCCUGCAAAAUAGGAUGUGAGAAGCCCUGUUUUGUGUGAUAAAACGAAGUGAUACAUGACAAGUAAUGUUAAGGAUUCACUGGGCUUUCAACAUAACAGCUAUUUCAGGGGAAAACGAAAAAUGAAAACAAGUCCAAAAACAAAAUUUGCUGCCUAAUGCUUAUUCAACUUCAAGCGGAAAGGAAUGGAAAUUCAGAGUCAGAAAACAUGGCAAGCCAAGAUCUUCUGUUUCUUGAUGCUUCUUGCCAAACCAGGACCAUCUUCCUACUGUUGCUCUGGCGUAGGUUGUCCUUCCUGUCUUGCAGCUUCCUCCUCCCUUCGAGCUGCAGCUUCCCCGCCUUCUUGGCGUUCUCCAGCUCCUCCGCCUCUUCCUUGGCCAGCUUCUUCUUGUUGCCUUCUUUGUGCUUCUUGUUCCUGUCGGCGUGCAGCUUCCUCCUCCCUUCUCGCUGCUGCUUCUCUUUCUUGCUCCGCUUCUCGUGCUGCUGCUGCAGCUGCUUCUCUUGCCUCUUGUUCCUGUCUCCUCCUCCGGGCUGCCUCCUCUUCCUGCUGCUGCUUCUGCCUUUGUGCCUCCUCCUCCCUUUGCCUUGCUUCCCUUUCUUCUUGUUCUCU